AUGGCCAGAGCCCUUGACGUCCUGCAAAUGAAGGAGGAUGAUGUCCUCAAAUUCCUUGCAGCAGCAACCCACGCGGGUGGUGCCAACCUUGACGUCAAAUUGGCACAAUACGUCUACAAAAGAGAAGUGAUGAUCCAGGCAGCCUUCUGGGAGCCAAAACCUCUGGAGUUUACUGGUCCUGGGGCUGACCACCAGCCUCUCACAGAGGCGUCUUAUGGUAAGCUGCCCACCAACACUCCUCCAUUGCCAUCCAUUGCAACAGCAAGGGAGCUUGUUCAGUGCGUCCGAUGUGGUGGCUGCUGGCCUGGGAAGUUCUGUGCAUGGGUGACACCGUUUCCCGUGAGCCCGCAGGGGAGGUCAUGCCUGAUCUCGACUUCUAGAAAGAUCCUGAGGGGACGGAAAAAGGAAGAGAAGGCUGCUGCCGAAAAGGCUGUGACCAAGGAAGAAUUUCAGGGUGAAUGGAUGGCUCCAACUCCUGAGUUCAUCGCUACCCAACCUGAAGUCACAGACGGGUCUGAGGGUGUGCGGGUGCCCUCUGUGCUUAUUCAGCAGAUCCCGACUGAAGACUGGAGCCCUCGGCCUGCCGCCGAAGGCUGGUCUGCAGCUCCCACUGCUCAGGCCACUGAAUGGGUACGAACAACCGCUGAGUGGUCUUAA